AUGUCAAUUACCGUUAGAUCAAAAACAAAAGGAGAACGGGUUAACGGACAGAUUCCAAAAAUCGAUCAACAAUCAAUUUUUUGUAGUAAUGGUGGUGAUAGCUCUAUUGAUGAUUGUAUUGAUGGGUAUGAAAAAACUAAUCUUGUUACAUUUAUUAUUAUGAAACCUAAUUUGAACAUAACUUUACAUCGUUCUAUUACUGGACUUGAUUGUUAUAGAUCGCAAAAUGAAAAUCAAAUAAUUACUAUAGCUAAAUUUAAUCUUCCAGAUAUUUCAGAUAAUGAUUCAAAAUCAGUAAAUGUUACAAGUUGGUAUGAAUCUAAUAAUCAAGAAUCAGAGCAGACCAAAUCACCUUGUAUAUUUUCAUCUGUCACACCUGCAUGGAAUAACAAGAAUUUAUCAAGAUUAGCUGAAAAAAUAAAGAGUCAUUUAGUAUUUGCACAUGUCAGAGCUUCUAAUUCUGGUGCUUUAUCAGAAACUAAUUGUCAUCCAUGGCAGUAUGAAAGUUUGAUGUGGAUGCACAAUGGUCACAUUCAAGAUUUCUACAAGAUUAAAAGAAAAUUAGUUCAAUCUUUAAAAGAGGAUAUUUUUUUAUUUGUCCAAGGAAACACUGACUCGGAAUGGGCCUUUGCAUUAUUUCUAAAUCAGUUAUCAGAUCCAAAGAAUGGACCAUUUAGUCAUGAAAUUUUGAGAAAUGCAAUGUUAAAAACGAUUCAACAAUUAAAUAUUUGGGCUGAAGAAGAAGGAAUCAAUGAACCAUCCUUGUUGAAUUUUGCUGUGACAGAUGGAUGUUCUGUUGUUUGCACUCGCUACAUCAAUUGUCAGACGAGAGAAGCUGCCUCGUUGUAUUUCUCAUCUGAACCUUUGACAUUUGAAAAGACGGAUUGGUUGACUAUACCAUCAAAUACUUGUAUAGUUGUCACUCCUAAAUUAAAUGUUUUACUAUAUCCUAUCAAAGAUCAAUUCUAUACUCCCGACAAAUCAAAAAGAAAAUCAAUCAAUCUUCUUAAAUAA